AUGGCCAUCAAGGGCCUCGACACCUCGGCCGCUUCGGCCGUCCGCGCCGCAAAGCCGCCCCACUUUAAGCUGGAAAACGUCAUCCGCCCAAACAUCCUCAGCCUCGAGCCCUACCGCUGCGCAAGAGACGACUACCAGUCCGGCAUCCUCCUCGACGCAAACGAAAACUCGCUCGGCCACGCCCUCCCCGCCAACUCGUCCCUCCCCCACAACCCGCCAUCGUCCUCGGCAGCGGCGCCACCGUCGGCUAACGGCACCAAUGGCACCGCCGCCAACGGCGCACAGACAAUCAUCCCGGGCGCGGGCGACCAGGACCCGCUAUCGCUCCACCGCUACCCUGACCCCGGCCUCUUUGGCAUCCGCUCCGCCAUCUCCAACCUCCGCGGCGUCCCCAACGAGGCCUUCACCUUCCUCGGCGUCGGCUCCGACGAGGUCCUCGACCUCAUCCAGCGCGUCUGCUGCACCCCGGCAAAGGACAAGAUCCUCAUCUGCCCGCCCACCUACGGCAUGUACUCGGUCUGCGCCGCCGUCAACGACCUCGAGGUGGUCAAGGUGCCCCUCGUCACAAAGGGCGGCCAAUUCAGCCUCGACGUCGACGGAGUGAACCGGGCCAUCUCGGCCGACCCGGCCAUCAAGCUCGUCUUCAUCUGCAGCCCCGGCAACCCCACAGGCACCCUCAUCCCCCCAGCCGACGUCCGCCCCAUCCUCGACAACCCCGACUACCGGGGCAUCGUCGUCGUCGACGAGGCCUACAUCGACUUUGCCGAAGAGGAGAAGCGCAUGGGCAAGCGGCCCGCCGACCAGGUCGUCUCGGCCGUCAGCAUGGUCGACGAGUACCAGAACCUCGUCGUGACCCAGACGCUGAGCAAGGCGUUUGGCCUGGCCGCCAUCCGCCUCGGCAUCGCCUUUGCCCACCCGGCCAUUAUCCAGAUCAUGAACAACACAAAGGCGCCCUACAACAUCUCGGCGCCCACCGCCCACCUCGCCUCGCUCGCCCUCACCGCGAUCGGCGUCGAGACGAUGCGCAAAAACGUCCAGACCCUCAUCCGCAACCGCGACGCCCUCAUCGCCGACCUCGAGCGCCUCGAGGGCACGGGCGCCAUCCUGGGCGGCAACCACGCUAACUUUGUCCUGGUCCAGAUGCUCGAUUUCGAGACGCGCAGCCGGCCCUCGAACGACGUGGCCCAGCUGGUCUACACGCGCAUGGCAGAGGAGAGGGGGUUGGUGGUGCGCAACAGGGCAAAGGACCUCGGAUGCGACGGCUGCCUCCGCAUCACGGUGGGAACCGAGGAUGAGAACAAGCGCUGCAUCGUCCUCCUGCGCGAGCUGCUGCAGAACAAGGGUCAGUGGACGCAGUGA